CCAUCUUGUUGAUGGUUUCACAAGGGCGCUUAGUAUUUGCUGUGCUAGCUGCAGCUUUAGGUUCCUCAUUUCAACAUGGAUAUAAUACCGGAGUUGCCAACGCACCACAAGAACUCAUUGAACGAUUCAUCAACGAAAGUUACGUCCACCAGGUGGGUACACCUCCCAGUACGGUCAUCGUGAAAACUAUCUUCUCGAUUGUGGUGUCCAUCUUCAGCGUGGGAGGGAUGGUGGGCGGCCUCUUCACCGCCGUACUGGCGAACAAACUGGGCCGCAAGGGGGCUCUGUUGGUCAACAAUGCAUUGGUAUUCCUUGCGGCAAUCAUGAUGGGACUGGCCGACUUGGCCGGCUCGUAUAUAAUGCUGAUCUUUGGGCGAUUCGUCAUCGGAGUCAAUUCUGGCUUAAAUGCUGGGCUUGCUCCCAUGUACUUGAAUGAAAUAUCUCCUGUUCACUUACGCGGAGCAAUAGGCACGCUCUACCAACUAAUCUUGGUGAUCUCCAUACUGAUAUCCCAAAUAUUAGGACUGAAACAGAUUUUAGGCACCGAGGCCGGUUGGCCAAUACUUUUUGCCCUUAUUUGCGUACCUGCUGUGAUGAUGUUAGCUACGUUGCCUUUUUGCCCUGAAACGCCAAAAUUUAUUUACAUGAACAAAGGAAAUGAGGAACGGGCGAGAGAAGCUUUGGAAUGGCUUCGUGGAACUCAUGAAAUCGACAAAGAAAUGGAUUUGAUGAAGUUGGAAUUUCAAGAACUUCAGUCUGUUCCAAAGGUUGAAUUCUCACACUUCUUUAGAAUAAAGUCUUUGUUCAGACCAUUUCUCAUAUCCAACGUAGUGAUGUUUUCGCAGCAGCUGUCGGGAAUCAACGUGGUAUUUUACUACUCCACGGACAUCUUCUUGAAAGCAGGACUGGAUCGAGAGAAAGCGACGUACGUAACUUUAGGCACCGGCGUCAUUAACGUUUUAAUGACAGUCCUCAGCAUGGGAAUCAUUGAAAAAGCUGGCCGAAAGACGUUGCUAUUGGUGGGACUAGGCGGUCUGUGUCUAGUCACAGUGAUGAUGACAAUUUUCUUGUACUUUUCAAAAUAUUACCAAUGGGCAACAUACGUCACCAUUUUUUGGAUAUUAGUAUUCAUCGUCUUCUUUGCUGUUGGUCCAGGUUCUAUUCCAUGGUUCUUGGUAACAGAACUCUUCGAUCAAAGCGCACGCCCCAUCGCGUCCAGUGUCGCUGUUGCAGCCAACUGGUUGGCAAAUUUUGCUGUGGGAAUUCUUUUUUUGCCAAUACAAGAAGGGCUUCACGAAUACACCUUUUUAAUUUUCACGGUACUUUUAUUCCUUUUCUGUCUGUUCAUAUUUUUGGAAGUACCAGAAACGCAAGGAAAGACGAUACCCGAAAUUAAAGAAUUUUUCGCCCAUUUGGAUAAUUCUAAUCAGAGUCCUCCACCAGAGACAGAAAGAGAGAAGUGA